AUGGCGUUGAUGGCUGCAGCGAUGGCCCCAGGGCCAGAUGAGGGGGACCUGGAUGCAAUCGACAAAUUGCUUGGCAAUGGGGAGAAUAGACAGCCGCGAUUGUUGGAUUUUAUGGAAAACGACCAAAAUGGAAACUACUAGCUACUUACACGAAAGUAAGCUGUACCUGUAGUAAAGCAAUGAUUUUUGUCUAGAAAUUCACGAAAAGAAGCAAAAGCAUGUUGAUUACGUAAAUGUGCUGCCAUUUAGGCCAAUCAAAUUGUGUCAUUUGAAAUUAUCAGUAUGUUGUCUACCAAAUUGAUGCAGCUGCAUGAUCAGAUAUGAGAAGCUUCUUCCCAACACGAUCCCACUUUCACCCCCCUCGUCCGGAGAAAGUUCCGUGGACUUAUGCAGGAGAAGAAGGAGCUGCAAGAGAGGGUAAAGGACUUGGAGCAUACUGUGGACAUUAUCCAGACAGCACAAGCAUGGACUCUGGGGAAUCAGAUGUCACACGCACAAGCCCAAAAAGUGAAGGAAGUUACUUCCUUGCUGCUGUUAUGGUUGGAGGAAUAUUGGAUAGUAAGUACGGAUGCUUCUGUUUGGUCGAUGUCUUCUUGUUUCAUGAUCCGUGGCUUUUGACAUUGACGUUUACCUUAUUUCAAUCCGGAUACUGUCCCAUAUUUCAAUUUCCGCUUACCACUUCAUAAAAAACCAGACGAUGUUCAUAAAUCUUCGUGCUUUUGUAGUUGUUAUACCAGGAAGAUAGUUUGACUGCAUCCCACGAUUGUUGUUUCACUCCAUCCCACCCUUUGCUCGGCUUCCCAUCUCGUUCAUACCAUCAAGCCAAGAAAGCGAGACAGGAUGCCUUGAAUUUUAGCAAAGUAGGGAAGGCUGCACUUUUCGAGAAGCUUCGGGUUUAUAAGAACCAGUUGAAUCGCGAGAAAGCGGAGAAAAAGGAAAUGCGGGACAGGCUAGUACCUCUAACUUUUUUCUGCUUCAGAAUCGGUAUCUUCCAGUUAGAUGUUGAAAAGCAUUUCUUUGACACAGAAAGGUGAAUGAGUAUUUCCAAAUCCACCCACGACGACCCAACGGCACACAACAGAUCCAAGCAUUCGAGCAGGCUAGGAUUAUCAAAGAUAAGAACGCGAAAAUCGAGGAGAAGAGGAAGAAGGAAAGGGAAAUCUGGCAGCAGAUGAUAAGGCAGAUGCGAGACAAGCACUACCGAGAGUUUGAUAAAUUGAAGAAAGGUACCUCAACUAGAGGUCUUCGUCUUUGAACUGAAAGCUUGUAAUAGGAUGUUAGCGCCGUUUGGAUAGAUUUACCUUCUGCUAUGAAAACUCGCGAUCAUCACCACCUUCAAAGCUUGUAAUUGGAUAGAUUUACCUUCUGCUAUGAAAACUCGCGAACAUCACCAUCUCAACAAAAAAUCAUCUUCAGAACUCGGCGAGCACGACGUGCAGAAGCAAGAGCGAAUGCACCAGCUAGGCAAUUUUGGCGAGAAGGUGAUGGAGGAACUGCAGAAUCUGCAAGAGCACUUGAGCUUCGUACUACCUUCAAUUUUUUGAGUUUUUCUGUCUCAUAUUUUAUUUUCUUUCAUCUCGUGACCGUUCCGUAGUACGUUGUCGUACUAUGUAUAAUUACAGCUUCACCUCAUCAAGAACACUUUUUUCUUCCCUACAGGUCAAAGCCGAGACGAUAGAAAAUGUGGAAGCAGCAGCGCGAUCACCUGCAGCAAGCGACUUUUUUAUCACACAAGGUGCAUGAGCGUGAUGAUCAUGAUGAUCUGUUUCUGAACAUUAUCAAUUCCAUGACUCGCUCCUCAAAAUAUGGUGAAGCAGGACUGUUGUCCUCGUUCUUAUAGUACCAUUUUAAACAACUUUUAUCGCUACCAAAGACCUAAAUCCUCGAUCCAUUCUUCAGAUUCUGUUGCUACUUAGUUCACACAAACGACUUAUAUUUAUCGCUUAGUUAACAAUAACAAGAUCCCUGUCCUGCAUCAAAUAGACUUAGAUUUGCUUCGGAAGAAAACCGUAUUCUUGUAGUGUGAUGCUAAAGAACUUUUGAGACUAUAAUCCCCAUUCACAUUUGCGUCAACGACGUGGACAAAUACGCAUCUUCUGCUUGUUGAAAUUAACAGGAAGAUUCCUGGAAGAUA